UAGAGAUGAAAAUAAAUUUCUAAGCCAACACAAAGAUUUCCAGUAUUGAAAAGGCAUCUUUCGAUAUUAAACACUCGAAAGUCCUAAAAAUUUGCAGUUCAAAAAUACAUUACAAGAUGCACUAUUUUCAAAGCUUGAAAUCCAUUUUCUCAUGUCUGUGCAUCUUGAGGUUAAUAUGAUCGAUUUGGUGAUUUUUGGGCAUAAAAACAACUCUUUUAAUGAAAUUUUUGAGAUGCACCGUAAUUUGAUUGUUUAGGACCUCGGCCUUAUACAAACUUUUCCAUUCAUUCAUUUAAACGGUGACCAGUUCCCGCCACCUCUUAUCUUCCCAACGGCUCUUUUUCAAAUUUUUAAAAUUCUCUCUCAAACGCACACACAAAUCCAAAAAGGACCCAAAUGAACUUGUGAGCGUCUCUCUCUCUCUUCAUGUCACUCAGCGUCGAUCCUCCAGUCUUCCCUCCAAAACCCACUCUCCCCUUUCUCUCUCAUGGCCCACCUAUGACGAGGAUACAUCUCUACAAAAGAGCUAUCCAUCUCUCACCAUGGCAUCACCACCCAUCGCUCACAGAGAAACUCCACCACUUAUCCAUCAAAGGCCAUUUAAACGAAGCCAUUAACCUGCUUCACCAAACCACCAUUAAUGGCUCUAAGGUAAGCUCUGAAUCCUACCUUUCUCUCAUAAGAGCAUGCACAAGACUCAAAGCUUUCACCCAUGGUUGUGAAAUUCAUAAACACAUCAUCAAUAACAUGAUAGAACCAAACAUAGUUUUACAAAACAAUCUCACAAUCUUUUAUUCAAAGGGUGGGAAUCUCGAGGAAGCUCGCAAAAUGUUCGAUAAAAUGAGGGAAAGGAACAUAUUUUCUUGGACCACCAUGAUUGGAGCUUAUUGUAAUAGUGGGAAUUCAGAAGAAGCUUAUCAUUUAUUUAUCGAAAUGGUUUCGACAGGGCUUAGAGCUGAUAACUUCCUUUACCCAUCUGUGUUUAAGGCCUGUGGAGCCAUGAGAGCUUUAGAGCAGGGAAAGAGGGUGCACUCUGAUUAUAUAAAGAGUGGGUUCUUAUGGGACCCGGUUAUACAUAAUUCAGUUAUAGAUAUGUAUGCAAAGUGCGGAAGCAUCGUCGAUGCACGAUUAGUAUACAAUGAGAUGAUAGAAAGAGACACUUUCACAUGGACCACCAUGAUUACUAGCUAUGUUCAAAGUGGUAAUUGCACUGCGGCACUUGAUAUUUUUAGAGAGAUGCUAGAGAGAGAAACAAAACAAAACUCGGCUGCUAUGGCAAGCAUUUUGCCGGUUUUUGCAGAUAUGGGUUUUCUUGAGCAAGGAAAGCAGGUUCAUGGCCUGAUAAUAGCAAGUGGUUUUGGGUUUGACAAAUUUGUAGGAAGCUCUCUUAUCGAUAUGUAUUCCAAAUGUGGGAGCAUUGAGUGUGCCAGAUAUAUAUUUGAUAGAAUUAUAGAGAGAGAUAUUGUCUCUUGGACUGCUAUGAUCCAGGGUUACUCUCAAAAAGGCCUCUGUCAUGAGUCCCUAAGAUUAUUUCUUCAAAUGGUUGAAAAUGGAAUGAACCCCAACUGGGUAUCCUGGCAAUGCAUAGUUACACAGUUUUUAGAGAGAGGAUCUGUUCAAUCUGUGUUAAAACUGAUUGAGCAUUUAGAACUUGCAAGCAUAAGACCAGAUUCCUCAUGUAUAUCAGUUCUAUUGCCUGUUUUUGCUCAUGUAACAGAGAGAGAACAGGUAAAGCUCAUCCAUGGCUAUUUGAAAAGAAAUGGGUAUAUUUAUGAUAGCUAUGUAGGCUCUGCCAUUAUUGAUAUUUAUUCAGGAUUCAACGAUUUAGAGGCUGCAAGAGAAGUCUUUGAUGCCAUCUCUGUAAAGUAUACAAGCUCAUGGUGUUCAAUGAUAGCUUGCUAUUCUAAAAAUGGUUAUUCAGAUCAAGCUUUGGAGCUGUUUAGCAAAAUGAUAUGGUCGAACCAGACUCCAGACCAGUCAACGAUGGAAUCUAUACUCUCAGUGGUUUCAAAUAUUGACUCUUUAGAGUAUGGAAAGCAGAUCCAUGGUGUCUUAGUGAGAACUAGUAUUGAGAUGAACAAAUUCUUAGAGAGUACUCUGAUUAACAUGUAUGGAAACUGUGGAGAAGUCAAUUUUGCUUUUAAACUUUUCGAUUCCAUGGCUUCGAAAGAUAUUGUAUCUUGGAAUGCAAUAAUUGGG